GAUUUAAACCCCCAAGGGUUUUAGCUAGCUAGCCUCAAAAACCCUCAUGCUACCACCAUGAUCAUGAUCAUGAUCAUGGCACAUUUCUCUAGGUCUUCAAUGCAGCGCCUCCUCUACUACUCCACUCCGUCUUUCCACCUCCGUCACCUCUCAACGGAGCUGCCGCGCAACAUCUGGGUUACUUCAGGGUCCAUCGACCCGACUGAGAAGUUAAUGCCGUGCAUGAUUCGUCAUACCUAUAAGAGUUCGUCCACUGCCACUUUCCACCGCCUCUCACCUGAGCGGCUACGCAAUGUCUGGAUCUCAGGACUCCUUGACCCUUCCAAGCUUCUUUUAACCGAGAGAAGACUGUUAUACACUGGUGAGAUCGAUAAGAUGGAGGAUGCUAGGUGUGAAAUUGAGAAGAAAGACAACAACACUGAGUCUUAUAUUAAACAAGAGUCAUGGCUGAAGCUAGGUUUGGGAAAAGGAGUUAUUAGCCGCACAGUUCUCAACUGGGUGUUCAAUCCCAAGUCCGAUUCUAUCCCCGCAGAUCUCACUUUCUUUGACUGGAGGGAUAACUAUAAGAUGACUGUAAUUGACACACCUGAUCAUGUUGAUUUCACUCCUGAGGUUCAGAAUGCGCUGCGUGCCUUUGACGGUGCUGUAUUUGUUCUUGAUAGUGUUGAUGGGGUGCAGAGCCACUCCAUUGUUGUCAAUAAGCAAAUGGUAACAUAUCAACUUCCAAGACUUGUAUUCAUCAACAAUCUUGACCAGAAGGGAGCAAAUCCGUGGGAAGUUGUGAAUCAGGCAAGAUUAAAGCUUCAACAUCAUAUUGCUGCAGUUCAAGUUCCAAUAGGCUUGGAAUAUAAUUUUAAGGGACUUGUUGAUCUCGUGCAAUUAAAGUCCUACUAUUUUCAUGGUCCAAAUGGAAUAAUGGUUGUCAUUGAAGAAGUUCCUGCAGAUAUGGAAGCUUUGGUGUUAGAAAAAAGGCAUGAACUCAUAAAAACUGUGUCAGACGUGGAUGAUAAACUUGCUGAGGCUUUUUGCAGUGGCAAGCCCAUAUCAGCAGCUGAUCUUCAGGAAGCAAUUCGUAGAGCCACGAUAGCACGGAAAUUUAUACCAUUUUUCAUGGGUAGUGCUUUCAAAUAUAAGGGGUUACAACUAAUUUUGGAUGGUGUACUUAAUUAUUUGCCGUGUCCAACUGAAGCUAUUAAUUCUGCUCCCAUACAAUCUAAGAAUGAGGAAAAGCAAACACUUCUGGCAUUGGCUUUCACAUUGAAGAGGAAGUAUGACCUAAUAACAUAUAUAAGAAUCUAUGGCGGCAUGAUGCGGAAGGGGGAGUUUAUUACAAACAUUAACACUGGCAAGACAUUCAAGGUUCCUCAUUUUUCUGAGGCGGUGCGAAAGUAUAAGAUCGGGGUUCCUCAUUCGAUUGAGGCGCAAGAGGAUGAGAGGAAGGUUCCUUAUUUGAUUGAGCCGCAAAAGGAUGAUUUGGGGGUUCCUUAUUUGGUUUGUGAGCGUACUGGUGAGGCAUUUCAAGAGGCUCAUGCUGGAGAAAUAAUCGCUGUACAUGAUGUCUUUAAUGCACCAGGUGAUACUUUUACUGAUGGGUUAGUAAGAUAUACAAAGGCUUCUAUUGAUGUUUCUUAGUUGGUCUCGAGAUUCUGGAGUGCAAUGCUUUUUAGGUUUCAAAAUUUUAGCAGACUCGAAGUUUCAGCAGUGUCACUCUUUUGAUAGACCUCCUUGAUGAACGACUAUUUUGUUAAUGUAUAUGUUGAGUUGGUGUAUGUGCAUCUAUUUGGGAGUCUAAGAAUGUUUUAUUUUGACUUGUACAAAUAUCUAGAUAUGCCAUUUUGUGAUUCUGGCUGAUGAUACGGGUUUAUUAGCAGGUAAAUAUGAUUUCUCUUUUGACAUCAGAUAAAUAUGUCAAACAAUUCCAAGAAGUUCAGUUUU